CAGAAAAUGCCCUAGUCAAAGAACGCCACUUUAGGUGCUUCUACAGUUUUUCCUCCAAACCCAACUAUGGCAAACAGCAAUGCUGCUGCAAAAAUACUUGAAGAAAUCAUAUAUGACAUAUUUACCCGGCUGCCUGCUAAGUCCAUAGGUCAUUUUAGGUGUGUAUCAAAGCACUGGUGUUCUCUUCUCUCAGACCCAAAGUUCAUCAAAAUUCACCUCACUCUCCAUUCCCACAAACAUCUAGUGGAUAAGCUCAUUGUUGCUAGUCAUUUUCUUCAUACUAUCACCUUUACCCACGACGCCCAAGGUGAAAUUGAUGUCAUAUCAAGAAAGCUUGAUUUUCAGCAGCUCUCAGACCACUGGUUAAGUGUUGAUGGCUCAUGUAAUGGCUUGGUAUUGGCGAUUCGUAGGGGAGAGGCUAAAUAUUUGAUCAACCCCACCACCUUAAAGUACCAUAAAAUUCCAAAUUUUGAUUUGGCUCUUCCUGUAUCAGAUAGCUGUAGCAUGUAUGGUUUUGGGUACGAUGUUGUUAAUGAUGAUUAUAAGGUGGUUGCUCUUUCUUACUAUGAUAUAGAUGAGCCUGAUAUAGUUGAUACUUUUGUGGAUAUUUACUUUUUGAGAAAGGGUCUUUGGAAGAGACUUGGGAGUUCCCCUUAUGAUCAUUCACUUACUGACCCUGCGUCUGGGGUUUUGGUAAAUGGGGCUUUGCAUUGGUUGGUUAGUAGAACUUCUAAUAAUCCAUGUGUACUUGUUGCUUUUGAUUUAAGUGAUGAGACAUUCUUGGAGGUACCAGUACCUCCUACGGAUUACAAUUACUCUUUUUUUGAACUUGUGCCUCUUAGAGGACGUCUUUGUAUGUUCACCAGUUUAAGUAAAGACACAAUAACAAUCUGUUUGAUGGAAGACUAUGGGGUUAACGUGUCUUGGACCAUAUUUAGGCAAAUUUACAUGAUUCUCCUUGUACACCAUUGUGUUCAAUGACUGAUGAUGAUUUUGUAAUGGAGGUUGACGAAAAGUUGGUUGUCUACAACAUGAAAGAGGAUGAUUUGUGGGAUCUGGGGGUUGAUGUUAGUUCUGAUAUGCAUACAGCUCGAACCUUCGUUGAAAGUCUUGUCUGUCCUUCCUUUGGCAAUGGAACCGAGGGUUAAUAUAAUGCUUGAUGCGCGAAAUGGUUGUCUGUACAGGAAUUAAGUUUCCGCGGACAUGUCCUGGUGCACAAGGUAGGGAUAAGGUCUGCGUACACACUACCCUCCCCAGAUCCUACUAUGUGGGAUAUAUGGGGUAUGUUGUUGUUGGACCUGUCCUGGUGCUUCUAUUGAAUGCAAUGUUGUGUUUGUGCAGAGGCCUCAAUCUCUAAAUAAUUUUAUCUCAAGGGUGUUAUUUCUUCAGUAUGAUGUUAUACAAUCAUUAUGAUUUCACAUCUGAAGAAAGAUCACCAUGAUCGGAGAGUUUUCAAGAGAGACUUACAUUUGUGGUUUGUAUCUGGUGUAGUACAAGCACUGCAACACCAUCCGGAGAAAAGUCCCCUUUUGAGCAAACUUGAAGAUUUAUUUGUCGAAUGCUUAUAUCUCCGCUAAGUUUCUCAACAUUGGAAUGAUGCAUGCUCAUUUGACAAGAGGGUUUACAUUAUGUUUUCCUAUCAUGUGAAAGCAGCAACAUUUUCCUUUAUAUUGCAGUACCAAAAAUUCUAACUU